AUGUUUGGAAAUUGGACUUUUGGUACCCUGGUCUUCACAGUUAUGGUUAUAACGGUUACAAUGAAGAUGGCAAUAGAAACCCACUUUUGGACUUGGAUAAAUCAUUUUGUUACUUGGGGGUCCAUUGUGUUUUACUUCAUCUUUUCCUUAUUCUACGGCGGAAUAAUCUGGCCGUUUUUGCAUACCCAAGACAUGUACUUUGUAUUUGUUCAGUUGCUGUCCAGCGGCUCUGCUUGGUUUGCCAUAAUCGUCAUAGUUGUCACUUGCUUAUUUCUUGAUGUCGUGAAAAAAGUGUUUUACAGACACUUACAGCCCACAAGUACAGAAAAAGUCCAGCUUACUAAGACAGGUCCAGGUGUCAACUGCUUGGAGUCCAUGUGUUGCUUCUCCGAUGGGGAACCAGCCUGCACAUCUUUUAGAAGACUGCUGGAGCGACUAAUGGGACGGUGCAGCCCCACCCGAGUCAACAGAUCAUGGAGCUCUACGGAACCUUUCUGUACCAGCGACCGAAGCUUCUUGACGUUAUCCACAAUGGAAUCCAUUACUUGAGACUUUUCUCAAUGCCUUGUGGAAACCCAUAUGACAACUUGGUUGUAACCAAUCUACCAGCCCCUUAUGGCAUCCUUUUUAAAUGUCAUGGCCAGGUUCAUAUAUUAGGAGGGGGGG